AUGUACGAGCCCCAUCUGAUCGGUCAUGACAAUGACAUUGCUCAUUCAGACGGUCAAGGCGUCUCGUUGCUCGACGAACUCGACAGGAUCGCUCCCAUAAAGAGCUUUGACGCUUUCCCAAAGGUGCAGUCCACAUAUACUUCCCAAUCGCGUCGAGGAGCUGUCUUAACAGCCCUCGUAGGGUUCAUCAUCUUCCUCCUCGUCUUGAACGACUUGGGCGAAUACCUCUACGGCGCACCUGACUACACCUUUGACGUGGACCAGCAACUGCAGAAAGAUCUGCAGCUUAAUGUAGACCUGACUGUUGCCAUGCCUUGUCACUUCCUGAGUAUCGACCUGCGAGAUGCCGUCGGAGAUCGUCUCCACCUCAGCGAUGGUUUCACAAAGGAAGGCACGACUUUUGCAGUAGGAAAGGCUGUCACAUCCAAGACCCAUCCUACGCCCAUCUCAGCAUCUCAAGUGAUCUCAUCCUCUCGGCGAAGGACACCCACUCAGCAAAGAUCGUUCUCUGGUAUCCGUCGAUUAUUAUCCUCCCGACCAAAGCGACGCACUCGGAAACAUGCCAUGUUUCGUCCGACCCCAAACAAAGCCGACAACGGACCUGCGUGCCGUAUAUAUGGCAGCGUCGAGGUCAAAAAAGUGACUGCAAACCUUCAUAUCACUACCCUGGGACAUGGCUACAUGAGCUUUGAACACACCGACCAUGCUCUGAUGAACUUGAGUCAUGUGGUGCAUGAGUUCUCUUUUGGACCUUUCUUCCCUGCAAUCGCUCAACCGCUCGAUAUGACCAUGCAGGUCAGUGACAAUCCUUUCACCGCAAUUCAAUAUUUUCUCCGUGUCGUGCCCACGACGUAUAUCGAUGCCAACGGACGUAAACUCGUAACAUCCCAGUAUGCUGUCACGGAUUAUCUUCGAUCUUUUCAACACGGCCAAGGUGUCCCUGGUAUAUUCUUCAAGUACGAUCUUGAGGCCAUGGCGGUGACAGUCCGGGAACGGACAACAUCGCUGUACCACUUUGUGAUCAGACUGAUUGGGGUUAUUGUAGGUGGCGUCUGGACAGUGGCCUCAUAUGCUCUGCGUGUCUUGAACAGAGCGGAGAAGCAAUUUACCAAAGUUGCCAGUCGAGAGAAGCCGCUCAUGCCAUCAGCUUACACUCAACCGGCAUCCGUGGUCGGCAGGGAAGGUCCCAGCCCUCUGCUGACCGGUCGUACUGGCAGUGGUGGGCGACUGCUCUCUAGGAGUAGCAGCCACACCAGUGGAAACGGCGCUCUGCACGGAGAUGAAUCCGGACCAUGGAGAGCUAGAUGA